AUGAUGUCUUUUGAGUUCACAUAUCUUUUGGCCUUCAAGCUCUUGUUUGUGUACCGGUACCUGCGACUUGUAGUCAACUUGUUUGCUGUCUGGACGUUUCGACCGAUUCCGCCGCCGGAGAAUCCAAAAUUGACGUCCCAAGAUGUAUCCAUCAUUAUCCCAUCCCUGUCCGGCUGCGGCGAGGAGCUCGAGGAGACCAUCCGGACCAUUCUGCUGAACGAGCCCUACCAGAUCUUCCUGGUGACCAUUGAUGCCAAUAGGGCCAAUGCAGAGCGCAUGCUGAACGCAAUGCCCGCUUCGCGGACGAGGAUCCAGCUACUGAGCAUCCCAAAGCCUAACAAGCGACGGCAGAUGGUACGCGCCAUCCCGGAGGUGCGGACCGAGAUCACAGUCUUCGUGGAUGACGACGUGAGCUGGCCUAAGACAGAGCUCAAAUGGAUCCUGGCUCCCUUCGACAAGGAUCCCAUCUACGGCGGUGUCACCACCUGCCAGCGUCUGCGGAGAGUCGGUGCACCGCUAUUCUCGAUGCAGCGAGCCUGGGACUUUUUGGGUGCGCUGUAUCUUGAGCGCCGCAACUUCGACUGCGCCGCCACUACACAUAUGGACGGCGGGAUGCCCUGUCUGUCGGGACGGACCGUUGCGUACCGUACCAAGAUCCUACAGGACCGCGAGUUCACACUGGGCUUCACCAACGAGGAAUGGUGGUUUGGCCGCUACGAGCUCAAUGCUGACGAUGACAACUUCCUCUCGCGCUGGAUGGUCACUCACGGCUGGGAGACCUACUUCCAGUACCACCCCGAGGCUGAGAUUCAGACCACACUCGAGGACAACCCGCAGUUCCUUAAGCAGUGCGUCCGCUGGUCUCGCAGCAACUGGCGCAGCAACCUCACCACCCUCGUCCAGGAACAGGUCGUCUGGUUCCGUCAGCCAUGGAGCACGUACGCAGUCUUCCUGACUACGCUCUCUCCGCCUGCUCUCAUCGGCGACCUAUGUCUCCUGGCCUUCUGCUACAAAGGCACCGAAGCCUGGGACCCCCAGCAGCGGACAUGGGCCUUCAACGCCCUGCUGCUCUGGAUGUUCGUGAGCAAGUUCAUCAAGCUGCUAGGCCACUACAUCCGCUAUCCAGCCGACUUCUUGCUGCUGCCCGUCUCCAUCUUCUUUGGCUACUUCCACGGCCUCAUCAAGCUCUAUGCCGCCUUCACUCUCAAUGUGACUACUUGGGGCACUCGUGAAGGUGCAGACGUCAGUGACACCGAUCGCAUGCGGGAAAAACUAAAUUACGAGAUCCUCGCUGCGUCCUCCGACCCCAAGGCCCACGCUCUCCGUCAACCGCCAGCGCCACUCCAGGAGAAACUUGUAACUUGCUAG